UCCGUUUGAAAAAUUGUUGCAGUUCACAUUGGAGAGCAACGAUGUUUAGUACAUUUUGAAACCUUUUUUAAAGCGGCACCGUUUUUAAAGGCGUAUAGAGAAAAUCGACUUCCUAUAGAGGAAGGCAUCAACGUGGUAUCAAAAAAUCUGUCGAAUUUGACUUGCGGAACCCCGAGGAGAUUUGUGGGGAACCUCUGAGUUUUACAGAACAUAAUUGGAAGACCAUUGAUUUAAGUCAACAGAUAUUUAACUGGCCUACUUGGAAUCAGUAAUCUCAAAUAUAAGGAAGACAAACAAGAAGAAAAUGCAGGCGGCUCCUAAAAUCUAACAGUUUUCAAAUAUAUUUGAUCCUGUGGAGAUAAUGGAGCAGACAUUCGAUUGUCCCACAUGCAACAUUUCUUGCUCAGAUUUAAAAUAUCUUCUAGAACAUUUUCAGACAUUAGAGCAUGCUCAUAGGAUUCAAAAGAAGGCAAAUAAAGAGGAAGUUAAGAAUAACAUUUCUCAAGAGCAAUAUCUUUCAAACAGAAGAAAUGAAACUUUAGUCUGUAAAGAUUAUCUCAUAGCAGAUUGUGAAAAAUCUCUUUCACUGGAAUGUAUUCCCUCAGAGACAAUUAACAAAUCAGAAAAUGUAUUUUAUUCUUCCUGUGCGAUUUGCCAAAAAAACUUUAAUGGCCCAGAACCUUACAAACAACAUAUGGUGAGUGCUGCUCAUUUGAAAAAAGUUGCUUUAAGUGAUUUUACUGCAAAUACCAAUUCAUCGAGCAAUAGUAAUAUUGGUGUUUUAAAAACGUGUAACAUUUGUAACAAAAACUUCACUGGCAUAAUUCCAUAUGAAGAACAUUUAAACAGUCAGAUACACAGGAAGAAUGUGUAUUCUGAAAGUUUGCUUAAACAACCGAAAGAAACGUCAUCCACUAAGUGUGACAGUGUGACCAGUACCUCAUUUGGCGCAUUAUCAAAGUCAAAUAAUAUAGCCAAUGAUGAAGCAGAUGUAGCUACAAAUGAUUUGAAUAAACCUAUUGUUUCAGGAAGUUAUGCUUCAAUAGUAAAUGUAUUAAAUGCAUCGCUGUAUUCCAACUGGUUUUGUACUAUAUGUAAGAAACAAUGUACAGGACCUGUUCCCUAUCGAGAACAUAAGUCUAGUGAAGUUCAUCGUAAAAAUCUGAGGAGAGUUGAAGAUUUGCAAAAAAUAUUUGAAAUUAAAAAUGAAACUUAUGAAAAUUAUUAUGUGGAUUUGCCUCAAGUUUUGCCAAACAAAAUAAAUAACCAUAAUUCAAAAAAGGAAGAUCCUAAGUUCGCGAUUUUCCGAAGUUGGUACUGCAAUAUAUGCCAAAAACAGUGCAGUGGACCUAUACCAUUUCAGCAACAUAUGUCUAGCAAUGUUCAUCGUAAAAAUUUAAUGAGAGAAGAAAUAAAAUCUGGUUUAUGUCAGACACAAAUAUCUGAAAUUAAACAGUCAGAAACAAGCGUGGCUACCUCGGUUUCUAAUCAGUCUGAAAAUGUUACCUUGCAGAAGCUGAAUCCUGUUUCACAGCGAGCCCAUCCACAGAAAGGCGUUUUUGAAAACUCAGAAAGUAAAAUGGAGAAUUUUAUGUGUACACCACAGAUGCAAUCAGCUUAUCUCUUUGAUGAACAUGCUUCGCGAAAAAUGGCUAUGCUGCUACCAGAGGAAUGGAAUAUGACGUUCUUUGCCGUAGAUGCAAAAAUCGACUUUGAUAAUUUACCAAAGAAUAACUAUGAGGAUGCCUUACGUAACGCUAGUCUGCCUAACUACGUGCGUAAACUUCUUCAUACAAGUAACAUGGAGAACAUGGAUUUUGAAUAAGUACAUAGAGAAAAACCUUAAAAUCAACAAAGAAAUCAAUGUUGAAAAUAUUAGAAAAGAAACUAAUAAAGAAAUUAAAAGCAACAUUGUUGAAAAUGAAUUUCAUGUCAUUAUGAAACGUAAGAAGUCAUCAUGAAAUAUUGAAAACAGUUGAAAUAUGAAAUGGUUCUAACUCUUAACUAGGUAUUGGACUUUAAAGAAGAGCUGGUUUUUCAUAAAUUUUUCCUAGACUGUUAAGACUUCUGGUUAUUUACGUUUACAUAUAUAUAUUAUUGUGUUACUUGCAAUUUUUCUAAAUAAUUCAUUUUAUCACUAUUUAUUUUUAUAAUGCAGUAAUUUUAUUUUUAUAAUGCAAAUUAUAAAUUAAAUUUCUGAAUUAUAAUCAUGAAUGAAAAUGUGAUAUUAUUGCAUGAAACAUAUAUGAACGAUUUAGUGUCUAAUUUAAGCUGCUGUAAAUAAUAUUUAGGUUUCUGUGAGAUAUUUAAUUGAAUAAAUACUUUAUAUUUAG